CCGAAGCUUCAUCGUUGAGGAUCGUUGAUCGGGAGUUUCCUUCUUGCGCUUAUCUCGCCUUAUCGCCUCAUCUUAUCUUGCACACUCUCUUUCGCACCCACACACGCGCACACAAUCUGGAAGAGCGACGCGUCGUGCGGUGUCUGUUAAUGCGGAACAAGAAGGUACAGGGGAAAAGAAGUGAAUUUUGUGCAAGCAAUAAAAACGGAGAGAAAAUCCUCGACCAGGGGAUCAAGUUUCAUCCAGUCUCCGAUGGCGACAGAUGUUUACAAUUUGGACGGAUAACCGCCCAAAUUGAGCCAGUUCUCGAGCGAUCGUUUCGUUUGUGACCUCUGGUGGAGGUUACCAUAGUGACCUAACCUAAUAGCGCAGUGGACCGACGGGUCAGCAGAGCCUACUCCGGCUGGUCGUUGGCUAUCGGGACAAUCGCGAUCGUGUUUUCCCUGUGUGUGUCUGUGAGUGUUUGUGCGCGCGCGUUUGUCGGUACACGCGAUCCCGUGUGCAGUUGUGUCCGAAGGGCGUAUGUUGGAUAGAUGCACUGAACAAUAAACACCACCAACACCACGAUCAUCAUCAUAAUAAGCGUCGUCGACGUCGUGGUCUUCGUUGUCAACAGUGUCGAUAAGUAGCAACAACAGCACCAGGCAAAGGGUUCAUCAUUCCUCCGAGUGUUAAUUAAUGCUAAAUGGGUGAUUUAGCGGUGCUGCACUUAUCCCUGGAGGGCAGCAAGUCAUCAAGUGCAGAAGUGGAAAGUUCUCGCCCGCGAAAUUGGUGAUCACGAUUGGGUUGUGGUAUUGUUUUCGUCGUCGUUGGCCAGCUGUUGUAUUUUUGAGCUAAGAAAAAAAAGUUUGAAGCCUUUGCUCUUCUAAAAGUGGUGUAAUUCUAACUUCUGGACCCGAAGAGUUGUUGUUUGUGCGUGAAAAGGUAAGAUGAGAUCGGGCACGAAAGAUGAUCGCAAAUUAAAAGGGUGAAAUCAGAGUGUGUAUGUGGUUGGAAGUGUUCCAACGAAGAGAAGAAGAGUUGUUCUAAAGUUGCCAGACGACAGAGCAAAAAUAGAUAAAUUAGGCACUGCCUUCUACAGAUCACCGGCUCUUCAAGUGGGCUCUCCUAGAGAAAGAUCAAGGCAGCGAAACGAGUCAAAACAGAACGCGCACACAGCGAAUGGAAGCGCUAAAGGAUAGAGAAUGUCACGACGAAUGAGGUGUGAUCUCAUUCAUUGAGUCGAGGAAGAUUCGAGAAACGUUCCAAAUGAAGAAGCUCAAGAACCAACCGAAAUUCCACCAAAAACAGGUCCAAAUCCAUCCGUCCUCCCAGCAGCAGCAGCAGCAGCAGCAGAAUGCCAUACCCCGAUGCUGCCAGAUGGCAGCCGUCCAGGCUGGCUGUCCUGGAUGUUGCUCGCAAUAUCCUGGAGGCAAUCCCUGCAGUGUUUCCUACUUGAGCGGCGGAUGUGUCCUCCCUCCCCAGCAACAAUAUCACCACCACCAGCAACAACAGCAGCAGCAGAUCUACCAAAAUGAUUACCGGAUGGGCAGCUCGAAACCCUCUUCCACUUUUACCGGGUCACCCCCGCCAAUAUCGAAACCAACCAAUAUUGUGGCCACGAUGGAACUGUUUCAACCUUGUGGCAGCGGCGGCGGUGCCGGCGCCCGAGGUGCCCCAAUGCCCAGUCCCGGUUUCCAUCAUCCGCAUCAGGACUAUUCCUACGCGUACUACGAACCCGGGGUAGCCCUCCGCCACUCCAACAUUCCGCCCUUCGAGGAACCACUGGCGGGACCAUCUUCUGGGCAAACCCCACCCGGUGUGGGGUCGACGGCGGCGGCGGGUGCCAGUUCGAUGCGAACGCUGAUGGCCCUCGGAGGCAGCGGCCAGCGGAACCGUUUGUACGCACGUCGGAUGGCCACGAGUGGGGCCCGCUUCCCUGGGUCACCCUGUGAAAAUAUCUACGAGGAGAUUAUUCACGAGGAAAAUGAGAGGAAUGAAUGCUCCGGCGGAGAUGGGAUGCUCUCGGGCUCUUCGAGCAACCGCCUCUCGCUGAUGUCACUGAACAAGAACGUGAUCGUGGAGGAGGAAUUUCGACAGGUCCAGCAGUGCCACCGGAAGAUUCUCGGCGAGCUCAACCUUUCGGUGGAAGCAAUGCUGAUGCCGGGCGACGGUAGUCACAGGGACGACGACUACCAGCGGCGUGAUUCGGGUAACUACCGGCGGAAGCUCUCCGGCGGCGGUAUGUUGUGUACCGAUUUGGACAGUGGCUUCUCGGGGAGCAGUGGCAGCACUAGCUACAUCGGAAACCUGCGCGCCCGCAAGACGGAAGCGCGGAUGAUUUCGCUGCAGCACCAGCAACAAAGUCAUCACCAAUCGAUGAUACUGUUCGACGGGAUCGGACAGGAUGAUACCCGCAGUGUUGCCAGCUCCCACUCGACGGAUCGAUCCGUUGCGGGGGGUUCGACGAAAGGGGGGAGUGGCUGUAAGGGCAAGAAUCUGAGCAAACUGUUCAGCGGUAGUACCAGAUCGCUACGACGAAUGCUGGGAGAUUCGGGUGGUGAGUCGCCUCGGAAGGGAGGCACCCAUUCGACGCCCAGUUCGCCGACUUUUGUAAAAUCGAACAAGGUUGGACUGUGGUGUAAGAAAAAGAGCUGGAACAAGAGGCUGUCCGCGAGUGGAGCGCUUCAUCAGAGUUUUGACGAUGAAACGAAAUCAUACCCGGCGGCCGAUUCUUCUUGUUGGGACAACGGCAGUUCUUUGCAGUUUGAUCCCCCGCACAGUGGCGGCAGCGUGGGGACAGACAGAACAAUCCCGACAGCGAAGCAGUGCAGCAAAAACAAUCACAACCUCCAGCAGCAGCAACAUCACCACCAGCGUCAGCUGAGCGCGUCGGACGCCGAAUUCCGGGCCCAGCUGAUUCCGUACACGGCCGAGCGCAGCACCAAACUCGACUACAAACCAUCGACCCGUACGGUUAGCUCCGAGGAUAGCUGCUACUCGGAGGAACGUUACAUCUCCUCGGACGAGGACGAAGAAGACGACGAGGACGACGAGGAGGACGAGAUCGAUCUGGACGAGAGCGACAUUCGGGAGGAGUAUCUCCGCAAGCAUCGUCAUCAUCAUCAUCAGCAUCACAACCGCAAUAAUAAACAACGCGGACAACCAAAGGAAAGCUUAAAGCCAAAGGAAGCACCAACAGCAGCAGAAUCAGCAACGGUAGCACCGUCCACCUUAGAGAUACCCGUAGGCGAGCAGCCGCAGGGCGAACGCAGGCGAAGUAUAUCCCAGCUGCAAAAUACCCUCAACAAGGCCAAGUAUCACCUCUCGUUCGAUAAAUGGAAAAAUCAUCACGGCGGUGGCAACAGCGGUGCAGUAGCGCUCAACGGGAACCAUUUAGUCAUCAACACCGGCAACAACAACAACAGUCGAACCUCUUGCGUGUCCCUUCCGUCACCUGCUGCUGGUGGAGGCGUUGGCGGUAAUGUUCAACUGAUCGCCGAUUUCGUCAAUAAUAAUCGGAAUUCGAUGCACGCAUACACAAUGCCAAGUACAACAUCUGCAGCAUCCUCUCCGGCGCCAUCCGUCGGCAUGAGUCCCAGCUCAAUGGCAACGCCAUCGCCCGGCUCGGCCAACUCGUCGCCUUCCAUCUCUUCGGAGCCAUUCUCCCGACUAUCGCGCUGGUUCUCGAUACGUCGCGGAUCAAUGAAUCAGUACGACCUGAAAGGCAGCAGCAAUGCGAAUACCACCCCGGGUACGAUUUCCGCUGGCGGAAAAGAGAAUCGUCGCAACAGUAUCGACCACGUAGACUCAACCGGGUCGCUCUUCGGCAACAAAUUCGAUGGGGCUGGCAAACUGGCGAUGGGUAAGGUGCUCGAAGCGGACGAAGAUCCACUCCAGCUUGCGCUGGAAAGCUUCGCGAUGACCCGCGGUACCGGGACCGAAUCGAAAAUUGCCGAGAGGAGACACAUUCCGGUGGCGCUGCCACCGGCACCUCCCGGCCUAACCCAGCAACAGCUCAAACGUAGACUGAUCGUGGCUGCCAUAGUGCACAGUGAGAACUCAUAUGUUGCCUCACUGCAGCGUUUGGUUAACGAGUACAAACGACCCCUCGAGGAGAGCAGUCCACCCAUCUUGAACCCCUCGAAAACUGCCAUUCUCUUCCACCGCCUACCGGAGAUUCUCCAGCUUCAUACCCUCUUCCGAAUCUCGCUUGCCGAAUACGUCCAAAGUUGGGAUGCGGAGGAGAAGAUCGGCGACGUUUUCGUCGCUACCUUCAGCAAAUCACUGGUCCUCGAUGUGUACAGUGGCUUCAUCAACAACUUCUCAAUCGCGAUGGAUCUGGCCCGAAUGGAGGCCAAGCGAAAAUCGGCCCUCUCGGAUUUCUUCAAAGUCAAACAGAUCAGCUCCCACGACCGACUGUCCUUCUUUGGCCUGAUGGUGAAGCCCGUGCAGCGAUUUCCCCAGUUUAUACUCUUCCUGCAGGAUCUGCUCAAGUACACCCCGCAGGGUCAUCACGACCGGAUGUCGCUACAGCUUGCGCUCACCCAGCUGGAAUCGCUGGCGGAGAUGCUGAACGAGCGCAAGCGGGAGGCCGAACAGUUCCAGGCGUUCAAGGAAAUGCUGGAGAACAUCAGUGGAACGUUCAACAUUCGGUCACUGGUGUCCGGCGGAGCUGCCGACAACGCAAUCAACAGUACGAACACCCGGUACUUGCUGCGGGAGGACAACGUUACCCAGCUGGAGUUCAACCAGUCGGGGUUCAUCGUGAAGAGCAAGAAGCGCCGACUGCUGCUGCUGAACGAUAAAGUCCUGUGCGUAUCGGUUGCUCCCAAGCAGUCACACGAGUUCGGCUCGACGGAGAAACUGACCUUCAAGUGGAUGCACCCGGUGCAGGAUGUGGAGAUUGUGGACAACAACCAGUCGAUUACGCUUUCGCGGAUAUUGACCGCGGGAAUGAAACGUGGCAACAGUCUCAAAUCCAACUCCAGCUUCGAUGCGUCCUACAUGAGCCCUGGGGGUCCGACCGGUUUCGGCACGGGGAUCAGCUCGACCAUGAGCAGCUCGGUCGGGGGUGGGUCAACCGGUGGUGGAACACUGCCCGGUUCCGGCAGCGACGCGAACAAUCUGUGCAGCGAGAUGAACAAUCUGAUGCACGAUUACGAGGUUAUGUCGCGGAUCAACGAUCUGGUCGGCACGCUCAAGGGUAACUACAAGGACAUCAACCUGGGCGUCACGAGAUCCAUCCUGGCGGACAUUCAGGCGUCUAUACAGAAAAAGGACGAAGAAAUCUCCUGGGUCGACUCGUGCUGCCUCCAGCUGGUGCUGAAGAACGCCGCCAAGGGCGGCAAGGAGGACACCACGUACACAUUCCAGAUCGAGAACCCGGCCGUCAAGAAGGACUGGAUCACCGAGCUGCGGCUGGCCCAGCUCGCCCUGGAUCCGAACAACUCGCCCGCCUGGCAGAUCGGUGCCGAGCACGAGCAACAGCGCUACUCGCUCGCCAAGAUGCCCCUGUUCGUGAAGGCCUACCCGGCGUACAAAUCGCAGCAUCAAACCGAGGUCUGCUGCGGUUGUUACUUUUCCUCGAACUUGUCGGCAUCGGGGGCGUAUCGGUUGAAGCCGUCGGCCCGCAAGCGGUCCAAGCACGCGAACACGCUGUGGAUAUGCUCGAGCGAUAAGAUCAACAGCCAUAUCACGAUCCUGUCGCACAACAGCGCUCAGCACCAAAGCAACGGGGGGUUCGGGGAGUUGGCCCGGUUUAGCCUGGGGGAAACCAUCGUCACCUGUAUGGAGUACGUGAAGGAGGGUGGACUGAUGACGGGGGAUGACAUCGGGGCCGAUUCGAUCUGGAUGGGAACGAACAAUCACCGGGUGCUGGUGUACUCGGCCAGCUAUCCGAUCAAUGACGAGCAGCUGGUCAAUUUGUCACUGCCGGGUGUUCCUAGUCAGAUACUGUACUUCAAUGAACGGGUUUUCGUGGGUAUGACCAAUGGGAGUGUGUUGGUGUUUCGUCGGACGGAGGGCGGGAUUUGGAAUCUGAACAGUCCGAAGAUUUUGGCGGUUCAGAAUGAACCGAUCAGUAGUCUGCUGGCGAUCAACAGUAGUGUGUAUUUUGCCGCCGGGAAACAUGUGUACGUGAUCAAUGGGCGGACGAACGAGGUUGAGAAGAACUUCCACAUAAAGCACACCAAUUCGGCUAAUGUGAGCUCGAGUGUAAAUCUGUUGGCGCAUUCGGGGAUUGGGCUGUGGAUUUCAUUGAAAAAUUCGAGCAUCAUUUGUUUGUAUCACACGGAGACGUUUAAGCACUUGCAGGACAUCAACAUUGCCUCGAAUGUGCUGAGGGUCACUUCGUCACAUCAGAAUCCUUCGCGGGAGUCGAACUCCUCGAUACAGGUAACGGCACUAAUGGCGGCCAAGGGAAUGCUUUGGGUUGGGACCAACGUUGGAAUUACGCUAACGAUUCCGUUGCCCCGGUUGGAGGGGGUUCCAAGCAUUAGCGGGGGUGUGAAUAUAUCGUAUCACGCGCAUCUCGGACCGGUGACGUUCCUCCUUCCGCUCGUCACACGAUCAUAUCACUCUCUGCCUCCGGCUCCCGCCGUUAAGAUCAUCCAGGAUACGACCGAAGGGGUGAAGCAGCAAAGCGCUGAACAGAAAGUCGAAAAGGUUGACAGUCAAGUGGACGACGAACAAACAGAGAAACAGCGGGAAGCUAUCGCUCUGAAGGAGCAGAUUUGUUCUAGCCCAGUGAUCCUCCGACGCAAGAAGCAACCUCCGAUGGAGUCCGGUAGAAUGGCCAAAACGCUCCCCCGCAAUCUACGCACGAGUAGUGGCGCCUUCUCACCCUCGAUCCAUUCGACGCUUUCUUCGUCCUCGCAGUACUCCGAUCAGGGAUGCGAUGUGUACGGUCUGUACAGUGAUCUGAUCUUCGUGAAGGAGGAUAUCGAAAAUCAGACCGACCGAAACAUCCUGGACCCAAGCUAUGAUUACCUGCGGCGAAGUGAUCCGGAUAUUGCCGCUAUCCCUGCCAAAGUGUCCACACUGGAUCGACGCCUACGGAUGAAGGUAAGCCGACCGCGAUCGCUUGAUCUUUCCAACUGGUCGAUGGAAUCGCGAUCCUCGAGUUUGUACACUUCGUCCGGGAGCGACGAGAACAUGGGCGGUCGCAGUGGAAAUGGCAGCAAAAAUGUGUCCCGCAACAGCUCCAGCGCCAGCCACAAGAUGACCAACUCCGAUCUGGACAAUAUCAACGAGCACGAGGUGGUCCCGACGGCGCCGACAGAGCCUAAUCCGCCAACAGCCACCAAUGAACUUCCCGCGCCUUCAACACUUCUGGAAGUAGAGAAACCGCCAGAAACGGCCCCCGCCAUCACCACCAGCAAACGGAAAAAGACGCAAUCCACCAGCGGUGCCAAUGCCGGCGCUGGAGGUGACGGAGCGAGCAAUGGUGCGGCAAGUGCCAGGAAAACGGUUCUCACCCUGAUGGGAGGCCGCGGGUACGUCAACUGGAGGCACAUAUGGGAGCGAGCCGGUCCGGCAGAUGGUGGUGGUGGUGGCAGUGGAGGAAUCAAGUCCGCAACCAGUUCGCCCCAGAACCACCAACACCACCAGCGGGCCAGCUCGGUCACGUCGCUGGCCGGACUCGGCCAAACCAACUCAACUGAUGCUCAUAUUAUUAUAUGGGAGAAGAAGCUGUAAGCUUCGCACUUCUUCCGCGAUUUUUUGUAGAAACUGUAAAUAUGUUACUUUUUUUCGGAAGCAGAUUAGUUUUUUUUUCCUCUUCUUUUCGGUAUCUAACUCCACGAUAUUUAAGUGUGGUGUGGUAAGCAACAAUCCCAGUGAAUUGGCGGGAUCUGCUGAAAACGUAAAACCUUAUAGGCAAAAAAAACCUUUGAUAGGAAACAGAGAAUGUGAUAUGUGCUUCAGACAUCACAGACAAAAAAAAAAUCAAAUCGAUCCGCCUGUUUUUUUUCCGCGGAAAAAAGAGAUGUACAGUCACUCCACAGUUAUGAAUCAGCUAAGACAUAUCUCAUUACUCAUUAUUGAAUAAAUAAAUCGAAAAACAUGUCAGCGAAGGUUUAUUACCAGCAAAAGAGCGUAGUAUCAAUGGCUUCCAAAGAAUCAGUCUAUUUCUAAUCAACAGGCAUUGUAAACCUUUAUUUUCAACAAAUGUUUUCAUUGAGCUCAACCCACAGUUAUGGAUCACUGCGAUGGAUGGAUACAGUUAUGAAUCAAAACGAUACAUAUUAUGGAUUACUUCAAUCAGUAGAUCAAAUCCAAAAACAUUAUUAAGGUAAAUGAUUUUGGUUUGUCCAGUCGAAAACAUGAUCAUGGUUUGUCCACUUUUUCGAAUGCUCUAAUUCAGCGCUCCUGUGUCAAAUAAGGUAUUCGAAUGUUUCAAAACAUAUAAAUAAAAUUGUCUUUUUCAUGAUUUACAGUAGUUUUAUAGUAUAUUUUUACGGAAUCACUCGUUUUAAAGGAUUAUAAAAUACACCUUCUAUUGGUGUCCCCUCAUUCGAGCUAACUUUUAAUCGAACCCCUUGAUGAUUGUUUGGCGCCUUUUCUGGAUUAUAACACUUACAAAUAUUGUAAACAUCAUGCUUGCACACCAUUUGUAUCAGAUUUACACAGCUAAACCAUUAAAUUAACGCAUUUCGAUGAACUCAAUUCUGAUCAUGAAUUGUUCAAUUCAAUAAUGUUGUUUUGUCCACAUGAUUUGCAUGGUAAACCGCUUGACGCGCUGCAGUUUGUUUAUUGUGUCCUUCGCGCAUAGCAGAAAUAAAGUUUCUCUGUGUUGAGUGUGUUGAGAGUAACACUUUUGAACUGCCCAAGAAAAUGCAAUAUUCUGAGGAAAACCCAAAUUAUGAAUGGAUCAAUAUGAUGACAGUAAACUCAAGCAAUGAUAAAUGCAACAUCUACUUGAGAAUUCGAUUGUUUUCAUUCAAAAAUGGUGAUUUUUAAAACCGGACAAACCAUGAUCAUAAUUUCUCUUUAAGGAAAAUCGUUAAAAACUUGAAAAUUUGAAUAAUUUCAACACCUUACGGUAGUAUUAGCAACUAGAGACUUGGGGCUUUUCAACAAACCCAAACUCGUAUCGAUUAUGUGUGAUUUUCAUGAAGAAAAAUCGGAUUGCAUUUACUAGUUGCGUAAAAACACCCCAAAUCGGACAAACCAAGAUUGCUGUCGCGUACAAAAAACUGUCAUAUCGAAUGUUAAGUAACAAAAUAACAAUUUAAAAUAAUGAUCGAGAUAAAAAAAAUGAUCGAAAAUCAAUGAACAAUGAUCGAAAUGGGAAAUUGAUUUUUUUCUAGAUGAAAAUCGUGAAAUUUUUCGGUUGUUUUUCUUCGUGUUUUUUUUUCUCUUUUGCUUCUGCAGUUUUUCCUCCUUCUGCAUUCGGCGUUUUGACGUAGAACUACGUCUUUCAUUAAGGGUGCCAAAUCUGAAAACAGGUCACGUUUUCAUGAAAUAAAGUUAACGUUAAUAACUAUUUUUGCCGCGAACGGAUUUUGACGAUUUACAUUCCAAACGAAUCGGAAACUUCCUAAGAUUUGUUUUUUAUGCUAUGUAUUACAAUUCCCUGAUGUGUAAACCGUUUAAAUUGAUGGAAACUGGAAGCAUUUCCAUUUUACCAUACAUUUUCCAUUUGUGAGCUUCCCUAUCCAUGCCUUUAAUUACGAGCAACUUAUUGGUGAUCAAAGAAGGGGAAUGAUUUAAAGUCUCCGUGAACAAAGAAUAGAAGAAGAAGAAGAACGAAGGGGAAUAUUUUCCUAAAGUAUAAAUAUUGGAUCUUGUUGAGGCAAGCUUUAAAGGCGAAUGAACUGAAUAGUUCAGAGCCUCUUCAAAACAAAAAGUGAAGUGAAGGACAACUUUCAGUAUCAUUCUAGAUACGAAGCAAUGAACAUCGCCUAUUUUUCCUUGUUUUGCGUCAUCAUAUGUCUUCGUUUCGGAUUGAGCUGUGGACGCGAUCAAAUUACUUACUUGCUGAUGUCCCUGACAUUGCAAUCAUUAUAUCAAACUGUCGCCAUUCCAUUAAGGUUCUGAACUACACAAUUGUGUGGGGAAUCAUCAAACUGGGCUAUCAUCGGCUGACCAAGAAAAUAAUUGUACAGGAAUUUUAUGUGUGAUUUGGUUUCGCAUGACAGUAACAAAACUAUCUCCACCAAGGAUGACAGCUAAGCUAAACGAGACCGGUAAUAUCAAUAGAAAGAGCUUCUGUUGAGAAGAGCGUAAAGCGGAGGACUUGCACAAAAUAACAGCGUAGUUCCACGUCAACAAUGUGGUCGUGUCUUGGAUACAACCUCCUAUAAUUUUUUUUCCAUCCGAGCAAGCUUUGCAUCUUCUUUUCCCUUUUUUUCAUUUUCCUUGCUGUCAUGCCACUCCAGCCAUUUGCUGCUUGUGGCAACAAAGGGAAUAUGUUCGAUCUUUUUUUUAGGAAGAUCUUCCUCCACUCACAUUGAUAAUCUUAGGCCAAAUCAGAACAUCAGCAAAUGGAUCUAUUUCAUCAUUGUUCGGUGAACUAGUAGUUUCUUCAGCUUGUUGUUCCGUAUGGUUCAAUGAUAAUUUGUUCUCGACAAAUGUAACAUCUGUUAAUGAAGGUAAUAAAUAAUAAUUUUAAAGGAUUUUAUCUACAAAGGUAAUAUUAACCAUGAUCUACUAUGGUGUCAUCGAAACAUCAUUAACGUCGACAUUAAUGAAUCCUGCAGGAUUGCGAGAUGUCGCCUCACACUCUAAGGAUGCAGUAUCUGUAAAUAAGAAGAAAAAUUUAAAAUGCUGAAUAGACACAAUUUAAAUUACCAACCCUGUUCUGUGGAGACAUUUUCCGGUUCUACCGAAACGGAUUGCGUCGACUUCACUGUGAAGCUAUACGGUGCUUUGUACUAUUCCAAAGGACUUGCGAACAUAAGUCCUUCAGAUUUAUUUUUUACUCCUGUCCAGAAGUUGAAAAGUGCAAGUUUACCAUAUGAGCCGUACCAAAAAUCCUUGUUCCUCUUCUCGAGAAACUGCAAAAGUUUGGUUUUGUUCCAAACCCAUUUCGACAAAGUGAAGUCGUUGCCCAUAGUCAAUUUACUGUGUUUCCUCAGUAAGUGUUGUAAGUCAGAACUUCGCAUCGAUUCAUUAGCAUUGGUUGGCAACGCACUGAAAUCGAUGGCAUCGACAUUCCAUGGAAAAAGACCGCAGAGCUGGCAUUGGCAUUGGUGAAAUUUUGAAGUGCGGUUUGUAGUAGACUUCCAAAAUUAGUGCAUGGCUGUUACUAAUAAAACACUGUCGUAGCACUUUGAUCCAGAUUUGCUUGAAGGUGCCAAAAAGGUUCCUCUUAAAUAGCUGCAAAAUCCGUGUCGCAUUCGGGUAGAGAGAAAUGAGAAUCAGUCCUUUUUGGGCACAUAAUUUCACUAACUCGAUGCUCACAUGACUUUUAUGACCAUCCACGAAAAUAAUAACCGGAAGUUGAGUACCUCUGUCCUCUAACCAUUUGUACAAAUCGUUUGCAAUGUACUCAUAGAAAGUUUUCGAGGUCGGAGACACCAACCGACCAACCUUUUGGUAUGUUUUCAACUAUUUCUCUGCUUAUGCGUUUUCCAGGGUACAGAAUCAUGGGUGGUGUGAAAUCGCCUGCAGCAGCACUCCCAAAUAAUGCAGUGUAGCUUUCUUUCUCUGAGUUACUUGUCACAAGAUAAGUAUUCUCUACAUCUGAGCACAAUGCUUUGUAACGCUUUGGUACUAAUUGAAACCCUGAUUCGUCAAAGUUAUGGAUACGGUCAGGGUCAUCAAAAAUAGCCAUGUCGAUGCAAUCCGUAUGAAGCAAAUUUUCCUCUUCUCUGAACCAAUUCCGCAACUGAGCUUCUGUCACCGACGCACCAGCCUUUGAAAGAGGGCCUGAUUCUCGAAUACACUACGAAUACACUUCUCGGUGGAAACGGUAUGAAACGCAUUCGCGAUGACAACAGUACGGUGUCGACAUCUGGAUGGGUGAUUAGUUUCCCACUAAAUUUAUCAUAAUAAAAUCAAAUUAUCUUCAGAUUAAAUUUUUGUAUGAGAUUAUUAUAUCACACGAAGAAAACAAAGUUUUCCACUCACAUUGAAUACCAGUUUGAUACGAAGAGGUUAAUUUUCAUUAAUGAUUUUUUAUUUGAAAAGUGCUCAUUCUGCCUGAAAACUCAUCAUUAUCUUUGACACUUCACUAACUCGUAAAUCGUAGUUCAAUGGCGUGCCGUUUAUUUCAUUUCCACCGUGAAGUGUAUUCGAGAAUCAGGCCCAUUGUUUACCACCUUUUUCUCAAUUUCCGGAUGUCUUGCUAAAUACCGGUGGCUCCAAUUAUUGCCUAUAACAUUGAAGUACAUACAUUAGUAAUUGUUUAAUGAAUCAAUAAUAUAAAUUUCUUACUUGGGAACGUUUUAGGAAUGUUGCGUUUUUUCUGAUUUUAUCCGCGUAAUCACGUACGGUGUGCGUAAGAUCAACCUCACACAUGGGAAAGCCUACCUUAGCCAUAUAAAUGACCCAGUUUUUGAUGCGUUCCUCUUCUUCUGGAAGCAGGAUCUGGACAGGACCUGACGGAACGUUGAAUUUCUUCGAAACUUCCCGAAUAUUGUAGAAUCUCCUUGCUUCGCAGACAGCCUCUUCAAUGGUCUGCGUAUCGUACUGCUUCCGGGCCUGGGAGGUCGCAUUCUUGCUAAAAUAGAGCACAAAUUAUGAAAGCAGGGGUGACAUUGCGCAUUUCGAAACGAGGGAUUUUUGUUCGUUUCGACCACUUUGACCGAACCCAAAAAUUUUACAUUUCUCUACGAGACAAAUUUUGCUCUAAAUCUAGUACACUGAAAGAGUUAACUUGAAAAAGAUACAUAAUACUAAAACCAAUUUGAUUUGAGUUUGAAUUUUCUCGAAACGAGUUACUCGUUUGGAAAUCUAGUUUUUAGGAAUUUUAUGAUGGAUGCCUCAGGAACAUCUUUCGAAUAUUCUUUGAGCAGAUCCAUCGUUUCUAAAAAUAAUGAUAGCCCAGUUGGCUCGCCAUCAUAUUUUUCAAUAAGUUUCAUAGCUAUUCCAAGAUCUAGCGUAGCCAUUUUGGAUGGUUCAGGUUCAGAUUCACUUGUUUCCUUUUCUGAUAAGUCUGAAAAUUCACUAUUCUGUUCUUCCUCUUCUUCUUGUUCCAAUUCUACCUCUUCUUGCUCUUCGACUUCGUCUUCUUCUUUGUCUUCCUUAUUUUCAGUAUUUUCCCCAAUUUCUAAAUCAUCAUCCUCUAUAGCUGUGCAUUCGAGGUCGUUUGAUUUCAAUAUUACCAAACACUCCCUUGCUAUGUUUUUAAGAUCGAUGUAUCUGUUUUUGAAAGCUAUCUGAUUUUCCGUUCCUCUAGCAUCAAUCACUACAUGUUUAACUUCUAGCAAUAGCUGUUUGAUAUCUUUAAUUUUUUGUUUCUUUGUGGGUAGCGUAUAUGAUUUAUGCUUUUUUAAAUUAGUUAAAAGCUUAUUUAAUCUAUCCCCCACUGUAAAAAUAAAAUCCAUUUACUUACAUUAAUUUUCGUUGUUUUGCUUUGUACUAAUCUACAUGGUCGUUGAACUGAUUGAAGAACACUUCACUGGCGGUCGUCUGAAUCAGGUUUCCGGUUGCUCGUUGUUUGGAUGCGGCCUGCGGAGGCACUCUCCUCUACGCAGCCUGUUGAUAAUGUUGCUGUUGGCCUGCGGAGGCGCUCUCCUCUACGCAGCCUGUUGUUAAUUUUGAAGUUAGCCUGUGGAUGCGCAUUCCGCAUUGCGUCGUGAAAUGAUAACAGGACAAUGUUGAUGGUCGCAUGCAUUCACUGAUGUUUGCUGCGGUUGAUUGUUGCUGCUUUUAACCGUUCUGCUGUCCCGGUGCUCUCAUUUGGUCACAGUAUUUUGAUAAUUAAAUUAACUGUGUGCCAUUUUUCGUUUUGAAUUUCGCACUACGGUGCGGCUGGUCUGAGUCUUUAUGAAUUAUUCACUUUAUGGUCUUUAUGAUUAUUCACUUCACAGUUCACAUAGCACAAACGUUAAACAUCGUUAGAAGUUUAAGGGUUAAACGUUCGCUGCUAAAUUGUUCAUUUGAAUGGUCCGGUUGGCCACUCGCUCUGUCUGUUGGCGGUGCAAUUUCGCAAUUAAUUUAAUCGCGAUGUAUCCCACGGCGGCUGCCGCAAGUAUGCAGAUUGCUAUCGUCUGUGCGUGGCUGUUUUCGGCUGUGCUGUUAAUUGCUGCCGGCGCGACGAUCUCGUCGCUGCUAAACCAACCCAUUGUUGGUCGGUAAUUAAUGAUUGCUGUGAUCGAUUUUUCUUCUGCCACUUAUCACUCGACUUUUGCACUGUUAAAACUCAACUUUUACUCUGUUAAAAAGGUUAACUUUUUACUCGACUGGCGAGGGAUCGCCAUGAUUUGAUGUCUACUCGUACAGCUUAGACAUCGAGGGACGUGGUAUUAGCAAUGUACUACUCGCCAUGAGUUGAGGUGUAAGAAUGAUUUUAUUAACUCUCUCAGACAUAUUCUACCAUGCAUGCGGCGAUGCCUACGUGACACUUUCUGCCGCGGUCAGCAUAAAUCGCAAUCGCCUGUUCUCGGAACUUUGGACUCUUGCUAAUUCUGCUGAUCGCGCGCCUGUAUCGUUAAGGCGGGCAUCCACCACAGCGCAAUGCCACCCCAGGUAAAUUCCAUACUAAACCAAGGCAAUUUUCAUGAUCCACUAUUGUGCACAUUUCAUAUCAUAUCCAAUUCGCAUAAAUUCGGCAUUUAUUUUAUAAAAUUCGUUGAUGCAGUACUAUAUUUUGACGAAUCAUACCUUCAAUUGAUGAAAUUCGUUGUUAUUAUGAAUUUGCAAGCACUCAAUCACUAAAAAACACUUUGAGAACACCGAGCACCUCCGUUGCGCGAGCCAACGAAACACAAACAAACUAGAGAUGGGCAAACCGUUCACGAACGGUACGAACGAACUAGUUCGCCGAAAAGAGUGAACGAACGGUCGUUCUUUUUCAAAGAACGGUAAUUCUCCCCACGAACUGAUUGCGAGCGAACGGUUUGUGAACGAACUGAUUCAGAAUGAACGAUUUGCGAGUGAACUGUUUGAGAGUGAACUGAUGGAGAGUGAACUGCUUGUGAACGAACUGAUUCAGAACGAACUGUUUGCGAGUGAACUGUAUGGGAAAGAACUGAUUGAGAGUGAACUGUUUGGGAACGAACUGUUUGAGAACGAAGUGUUUGCGGGCGAACGAGUACAGCUGAACUGAUUUGCGCUGGACGGAAUGGACAAAUAUAACGAGAACGUUUGUAAGGAAAAUAAAACGAUAUUGUCAUGAUGAGCAAAAUGCAUCUAACGCAGGGUUUGUUUUGUUAAUGUAUACUCAAUUUUGUGUUAAAAAUUAAAUUAGAUUUUUGUAGUUUUAAAAGCAAAACUAUAUAUUUCCAAUUACAUGUAUUCUUUCAAUUCCGCGUAACAUUCAUAUAUUUCCUGAUUAUCAGAAAAAAAAAUCUGGGGGAAGCUGGGGCGAUUCAUGAAUUAGGUAAACAUAAAAUCUUAUAGUGAGGGCAAAGUUUUUUCGUUGCUUUCAAUUCAUUGUUUGGCCUAUUGCGUAUACGUGUUCGCGUGAUUGUUUGUAUGAUUGAUUGUUAGUGAAAAUCGCUGCUGAUUUUUUCCCCUGAAUGAAUAUUAUGAAAUAUGAUCUUACAUGGAACCUGUGUGUUGUCCAAAAAGAGAAUAUGAAAAAUUGCACAUAUUUUGUGCACAUCAAAUUAUUACAUAAACUUUUGUUGUCCGACAAACAUAUUUUCACAUACAGUUUGCGACUUUUAAAGAAGAAGCAGCUUAUCUUUCCCCACUAAAUUUCAAAAAUAUAAAUGUCAACAUAAGUUUUAAUGUUUAUUGAUAACUGAUCUGCAUUGAAAAAAUAAACAUGAUUAAAUUUGAUGGUCAUUUUCGCUUAAAACUAUAUUUGAAGUCAAUAUUGAUUCAUAACUGUGGGGUGACUGUAUAUUUAUCUGUUUUUUUAUUACUCUCAAUUUGGCAUGAACAUAAACCAACAUCAUACACACACACAGAGCGAGAGAUUUGUUAGUUGUUAACCAAAAAAAGCACAAAUUUUGAUCGGAUUCAAGGAACGAAAUUUAAAUUUUCGCUGUUCAUCCCCCCGUUUAAAAAAAGGUGUUCUUUUUAUCACAGUCACCACCCAAAACACAUUGCAUCAAAAAAGGUGACAAAAAGAGAGAAUCCAUUGUAUUUAUUGUUACAUCUUAAGGGUCGUCAUUAACAAGAGGCGCGAUAACAGCAGCAGUUGUUAAGAGUAGAUUAUUCCCCCUUCCUUCCUUUCUUAAUUUUCCCCCACCACUUACUCUACCGCUAAUAAUAAUAACGAUGAUUAAUUUCACACCGAAGCGGAAGUACUAUUCCCGCACCGCCACCAGACUCCUCUGGCCGGUUCCUAUAUGCGCUCGAGCGAUAGCGCGCCCGAAUGAGAAAGGGUGUUUGGGCUUUUUCUUAUUUCUUAGCGAUUACCUUCUAGCUCCUAAGUUGUGUUAGGUUUUGGUAGAAUAAUGCUAGAAACACCUUUUCCGCGGACACUGACAGUUUAGCAAUUUGUUUGUAUAUCGGAAGAAUACUCGGAUGAAAUUCGAAUCAGCACGGAACAUCAGCGGAAGCCAGCUUCCAUUUUCGUGUAGGAUUUAAGAGCUAGUUAUUAUUAUUAUUAAACCCCGUUCUUAGUUCACUUGUUUUCAUCUACCUAUCGUUGUUUACUCAAAUACAUACAUCCACAUCUCAUUAACGCAUUUUGCCAUACUCCGCUCGACAGAUUCAUUGUAUAUUCUAUCACCCCCAACCAUCCCCCCACAAACAGCAACUGCAGUUCAGAAACAAGAACCCACAAUCAAAAUCAAAUGUUAUUGUUUUACUCGUUGAGAAAUGGUUUCAAUAGAAAUGAUUUGCAAAAUACUCCAAAAACUACAGUGUAAAAACCAAUAACUCACCCUCAUCUUAAAUAAAGGAACUAUAGAUGUUCAAAUUCCGUUUUGUAAAAAGAGAAAAAAAUCAGAAAA